AUGGACCAAGACAAAAUACAACGGAUGACCUCCAAUAAGGGAGUGAGUUGGAAAUGGAAUCAACCUGCUGCGCCACAUUUUGGUGGAGUCUUUGAAUCUAUGAUUAAGUUAGCGAAGCGAGCUAUUUUUGCAGCACUCGGUGAUGCAGAAGUUAAUGCUGAGGAUUUGGAGACAAUCUUCAUGGGGCAGGGAAGACAUUCUACUGAUUCGAGGCCUUUAACAGCUGUGAGUGACGACCCUGACGACGACACCGUCUUUACUCUAAACCACUUUCCGAUUGGACAGAUGGGAGGCGAUUUUGUACCGGAGAGCGUCGACAUUGAGCCAUUUAACGCCAACAAGUAACAACUUUAUUGACUUUAUCUUCGACAUGAAGAUUUCAUUACCAAAACAGUCAAUACAGUAACAAAUGAAACAAAGUCAAAUAAAAGUUAAGUAAGAAAGAAAGGAACAACAACUAUAUAUUGAAUAUUACCAGAAAAGAAAAAUUACUUGGCUAUGUACGGCUUCUACGCUACUCGUAUGGUAAGAACGUUUAAUUAGAGUUCGGAUUAAAACAAUUUAGAAUAUUUUCAAUAUAAGAAGCACUAAGAUUUAUGAUGUUUUCAUCGCACAUAGACAUAAUAUAUAAAAAUAGUGCCUUGCAAGACAUAAUCGUAAAAUUACUCUUUAUCGAGUAUAGGCUCUCCAAGAAGAUACCCCUUACAUGAGAACAAAUAGUGGAAUUCAUCAUCAAUUUCGGAUUUGUUACAAGGGGCUCAAAUCCUCUCGACUCUGUUUAUCUUCUUGUAGCGCCCAGAUUCAAUAGGCGGCAAGUGGCAAGAAAUCCGCAUUUUGGUUACUGCCACUCUUAUCUUAACGUUCUUUAUUAAAUCAAGCUUCGUUUUUCAGUUCACUAGGCAGACUUGAUUUAUUUGCAACUGAGGAGUCGAAUUUAUCCUUGUUGAAGAAGAGUACAAGAGCUCACAAGACAUGUGUAGAACCGAUAUGGAUGAAAGAAUACUUAUCACAGAUCGGAUCAAGCUAAGACAGAAAUGGUAGUUCCGUAAUGACAAUUUGCGGGUUGGAGAUGUUGUCGUUGUUAUUGAUCCCGGGAAUGUUGGGCGCAUCGAGCAGACGUACCCCUGCCCUGACGGCGCCUUGUGCGAAUGGUGGACGUACGGGUUAAUGGCAAGACCCUUACAG